AUGUCUGGGGCGGAGGUGAUUGCCGUUGUAGCUUGUGUCGCAGCUAUCGUCUCCGCCUACCGUGAUGGCAGUGAGCUCUACCGCGCCAUCAAGAAAAAAUGGGACCGUCGACACCCGAAAGAAGAGGUCUCCUCGAAUGAUCUCGAACGAUCCCUAGCCCGCGGGCAGGAUGAGAUCCUUGCACACUGGAAUGCCCACGUCUCGCGACUCGGACAACGGUACGAAGAGGGGGAUACUAUUUCUAGAGAGCAGAUGAAGGACAUUGUGAUUACGCUGCAGGGGAUGCUGUUGACGCAUCUUAGUCGGGCGGUGGACCAACGUGUGAGUCUGGAUGUUGUGGCUGUCUUGUCGGCAUCGGAUUAUGGUCGGAGUUGUACCAUCUCUGUACUUCAUGAGCUGUACCAGCGGAUCGCGCAGUCGGCGCCGGUACCGUGGCCUAUCGGUGUUGGGUCAGUGUACGCUACCGUUGAUCCAACCUCCAGUAUUGGCUAUUAUAUCCAGUUGUUGGAGCGGGGGCGCUCGUUGUCGUGGACCAGGGAGUCGAGCAGGCCGGACGGGUUUGUUGUCACGCCGCCGACAGGGUUUUUUGGGCAGCUCUCUGGGUCACCAACGGAGAUGCUUGGUUCUUCAAGACCAGGGGAACCGUGUAGCCCGCCGCAGAGGGAGAGAAAGUCUUCUGGGUUGGGAACUGCUAUAAGCUCGCUGUGGAGUCAUCGGUCGAAGCGUGGAAGUGGGAGUCGCGCCUCAAACGGGUCGUCGGUAGCAUCUACGGCGGACCUCGAGUACCUGGCUCGCUCUGGUGUGCCUGUUCCUCAAGGCUCGAACUCGAAGAUGACACUCACAGAACCAGCCACAGACAUCAAGCCUCAGCCUCAGCAAACUUCAAAAUGUAAGGAACGUCGCAGUCGUUCCGAGAAAGAAGAAAUUACUCGCAGAAUGACCCGCAAGCUGAUGAGGAACCCGUGGACAAAUGAUGGGAGGUCCGACUGUGGCACCGACUCUGAUUCUGAUAUGUCGGACGAGACGAUCUCUCCUACAGAAGAAGUGCCCUCUAAGCCAGCCAAGCCAGAGGAUCCAAACCCAGCAACGUCCGAGAUCGUGAACGAGACCCCCCUCGGGUUCCAACCAGCCGCUCCAUCAGUGAUGUCGGAUGAUACCACACACUCAACGGCCCUCACGGUCCUUCCAUCCACUCUAUCAACAGGUCAAUUCUGGCCGCCACGCAGAGAGAAUGGCUACUCCGGAUUUUGCAAAGGCGCGUGGAAACUCAGCUCCGGCCUCGGCGGCUUUAAAAUCUACUCGGAGCCUAUUGGCUACUACCUCCUCAUGUCCAAGUGGCGUUGCUAUCGCUGCUUUUUCGGCAUGCCACUGGCGCCCGGUAGCAAGCGACACGAUUUGCGCUUUGACCAGAAAAUAUACCUCCACGAGGCGACGGGGAUCCGGUACCGCUGGUCAUUCUUGGCAAAGUCUCAUCUUGCGUAUACGAGGCCCGGCGUUGCGGCCCCGACGCAUGUUCACGGCACAUUUGGGUGCAUAUUCUGUUGUGCAGAACUUGACGUAGUUGCGCCAACGCUGAAUUCGUUGGAUGAAUUCAUGGCGCAUCUUGGGGAGCAGCAUCGCAGUGUGGAUUUGGCGUUGUUGGAGCGGACCCGCUGCGUUGUGGGGAGGGACGCUUCAGCUGAGGAGGCGUUUGAUAUUAAUAUUCCUCCAGGUCGGGCGUCCACCAGUGAGUGA